CAUUUAGCAUGGUUCGCGCGUACGGAUGUACCGCUCCGAACUGCAACAUCAUCGGCAGUCGGAAAUGUCGUUGAGCCGCUCCUUUCCCCGAAGUGCGAUCAGUGCCGCUUAGUCUAGUGCCACCGCGAAGGUUUCGAGCACGACAGCGUGUAGGUGGCCGAUCUAGCCAUGAGCGCCGAAGAGCCUGAGAACACUUCGCACAUCGAAGCCGAAACAAGUUUCGAAGUUCAGCUCUAUAUUUACGACCUGUCCAAGGGACUUGCCAAGACCCUUUCGCCCAUGCUCAUAGGAAAGCAGCUGCCCGGAAUAUGGCAUACAAGUAUCGUGGCCUAUGGCAGGGAGUACUUCUUCGGCUCGAUGGGAAUCGAAAGUUGCGGAGUGGGGGAAACCAUCCUCAAGGAACCAGACCAGAUCCUGAGCCUCGGCCGCACCGAGCUCCCGUACAGCUUGUUCUUGGAGUACAUCUUUGCCCUGGGUGAAUCCAGUUACAAGCCUCACACUUACGAUCUGUUUCGUCACAACUGCAACAACUUUACGCAAGAGGUGGCUGUGUUUCUCACGGGGAAGUCCAUCCCUCAGGAAAUUUUGGACCUUCCGGACGAGUUUCUGAGCACGCCUCUGGGCGGCACGUUACAGACUUACUUUGAGAACCUCUCGCUGAGAGGGGAAACAGCGCGGGGGCUCAGCUUUGGUGGCGGAGCACCGACGAACUUCAUUCCCUUCAGCCCCGUAGAUCCGUGGGACCAGAGAACAAGGAGUUCUGUAUCACCGCCUCAACAAGAGAGGCAACCAGCUCCGAUUCAAAGGAUGUCAUCGGAAACGGCAACGGAGCCAGCUACAGAGCCGGCUGCACGGCCUGCUUCGGAUUCUGCGGCAGCCGACAGCAACGGCGAAAUUGAAGACCGACCCGCACCCAUCCGAAAGUCUCGGCGAUACAGCGACCCACCGGUAUUCUACCCACAAGUUGAUGGAGCUGCAGCGUUAAAGGAAUUGGAGGGUCACCUGGAAAGUGUCAUCAACGACCAGGAGCGAUCGGCACUCAGAGAGCUGCACGAAUACCUUGUUACAGACAACGGAGCGUGGGCCCUUGGAACGCCACAACUCGACCUGUUCAACAAGUUGCUGACUGACCCGGGCCUCUCGUCAGCCGUGCGCCUGUCGCUGCUGCGGGUGCUCCAGGCGGCAGCGCUCAAGGAGGACGUCAUCCUGUUUCUGCACCAGGACCGCAAGAGCCACUGCAUCAUGAGCUACGUGUACCGCAUCGAGAGCCUGCCACCGGAAGAGCAGGACGAAGUGCUGAAGCUGCUUUGCAACCUGUGCAGCAAUGUGAGCAGCUACGAUUGGCUUCUCUACAUUUCCGAGUGGAGCGAGGAGGGUGGCCAGUCGUGCAACAACGCCAAAGCCACCGUGCGCGCCGUCGUCCACGGCCUCCUGUGCGACAGGCCAGAGGCACAGGAGCGUAGCGCCGCCCUCAUGUUCAACCUCUCGCUCAAAGAGCUGUUUGAUGACACGGCGACCGAGCUGUCUACGGCCGUCCUCCAGUACCUGCAUGGAGACGUCAAAGAGGAACAAGCUUUCUACUGCUUAACGGCACUUCUGCGGUUUCUACAGAUCAGCUACAAUGAUGUUCCCGCCCUGGUGAAAAUGCUCGGCCCAGACCUGCAGAAGUUUUCCGGCGCUUCGGAGCGGGUCAAGAAGCUCGUCGACGAGAUCGGUCUCAAGCUCUCAGUGUCGAUAACGGCAUGACGACGCUGAAGCAUACGUGCAAAGCGUGCCCUCACCAGUUUUCUGAAUCUGGGGUUCUCGAAAGGACUCGAAACAUCACCCCACUCGUUCUAUAAUUGAGGGGGAUGCUGUCAUGCAGUUCAGGUUGUGACAACGGAAGUUACAGCAGACAAUCGGCGAGAUUUGGUGCUUUGGCUGCCCUGCGGAGCUGCUCUUAUAGAAGAGUAGUGAUGCAUGUUUUCAAGGUUUAAGAAACUAGCAUGUAAUUGGCGCCAGUUUGGUCCGACAGGAAAGCACUUUGACAGGGAUCACCUGAAUCUGAUAGCACUUGAUCCUUUAAUGCUCAUAUGACGUCAUCAUAAUCAGGACGUGACAGAGAGUAAAAUUUACUGACACAUUGUCGAUAUGCUAGUUGCCAGGAUGUUGCCCACGGAAGAUGUGCAAACAUGCUGCGCAUAUCCUGACUGCGCCUCUAUGUGACAUUCACAGCUGUUGGAGAAGCACAGUGUCACGGCAUAUCAUCAUGUCACAAAAGGUCCAUUUUUCUGCCAUGUACAAAAAGCUUGUUUUAAUGCAAAAAGAAAAUAAAGUACAUUUAAAGCAUUGCAUCAGUAUUCUUUUAAUUGUAUCCACAAAAUGGAUCUGUUCCCAAGUUUUAGUCACUUUUUGGGUACUGAGAUGCGAAUGUUAAUUACCUGCUUUGAUUUGUUCCAUUCUUUUUAUUGUAAACUAAUUAAAAGUUUUAAUGACAUCACAGUUUUAACUCUGGCACACAGGGCAGCCAACUGCAUGAAAUUUCACCGAGAUGCCUACAUAGGGAUUUUCCCUCUGGCUGCACGAUCUUGUAGUCUCUUGCAAGCUUCUCCGAUUUCCCCUGUUUUGUUUUUUGCCUAACACAAACACAAAAGGUACCUCGUUUGAAUCGGUUGUUCAGCUCGCAGGCAAGUUGUCAGUUUUCUGUUACCUGAAGUUCACCGAUAGGGCAAUUUUUCCAUUACAGCCACGCAACAUAGAAACUGUUCAUAUAUCGUUGCCUCAGAUUUUGUUUUCUCUGUUGUUCUCGGACGAAGCUUCUCAGAUAUUACAUUUGUAGGUGCGGCUGCUACUGAUUGAAUGUGCCUUGUUGAGAUAUUUUUCAAAGCAGAGUAACGUUAAAUUUGGACAGCUGCUCCGUGUUACAAGCAGCGAUAGCUGUGACGAAGUAAUUUGAUGCUUUUUUUUAGUUACGUCGCAAUUUUUAUCCCAGGAACAGGAUUUUAGUGAGCAGUUUCAGUAGCAUAUCCUACUUAACGAAGGUUGUGUUGUAUUCGAGCCAAUGUAUCGGGUUCCGCAAUUCCUCUCAGCUGUGCCGAGCACAUAUUUAUUUUUGCAGACGCGGCUGCUUCAAUAACGGUUAUUUGAUCUGGCACAUGCACAAUACUCAUUACACAGUGAUAUUUUUAGCGCAACAUUUCGGGGUAAAGCGUGGCAAUAUUCCUGAGCACGAGCGGCUUUUGGAGCCUGUGCACUUGGGAAGUAAUAAGGUAUUAUUACAGUUUUAUAGUUAUUGACAAAAUAUGUUGCGUUAGAAUUGCGUCAGGCAGCUCAUAAUUCUUGGAAGUUUCUGGCUGCGUAUGUUAUCAUCAUAUAUAUGCACAAUUGUUCGGAUGACUAACCUUUUUAUGUUGGACGACAUAUAUAUAUGUGGCUCUUGUUCAGUGGAAUAAAAAAAAAAGCUUGUUUGUAAAA